UUUCUCUCUCUAAGCUUUAAUGGCGUUUAGGGCAUAGCUGUUCUUCAUCUGGAACUAUUUUCCUCUGGUAACUCUAUGAUUCUGCUUCUCUUUCAUAUGAAUUUCAAAUUCAAAUUCCAAAAAGAUAAUUAAAUGUUUUAUUUCUUUCUCUUUUCAUUUAUUCCUCCGUUUUUGUUCGCUGCUUCUUCAAAUUCCUCACUCCAUAAUCUCGCUGCUUAUUUAAAAAACGCAUCUCAGAUUUGUAGGAUCCAACACAGAUUCAGAGUUACUUCUACUAUAAGUUCUCGUCUGCGUACCCUGAAUUAUUUAGUGAAAAAUUGAAGACCGAUUAUGGAAGGAAGUUUAGGCGACGAAAUUGACUGUGGAAAUUGCUUUGAUCAUAUCGACGACCUUCUAGACUUUUCUAUCGUUGACGAUGUUCUAUUGACCACUACCGCCGCCGCCGCAUUCCCUCCCCUUUGGUCCACCUCUGCAGCAGAUACUGAUAUCUGCCUCCCUAAGCUAUACGAAGAUAUUAUUCCAUCGGAAUGGUUCUCAAAUUUAGACGAUUCCUUCGCCGGCGCCGGAACCCAAACUGUCAGCAGCUCGUCGUCGGAGUCGAACAAAUUUCGCGUCUCAAGUCCUGUUUCCGUUCUCGACAAUAGUAGCGAAAGUAGCAGCAGCAAAAGAAAAGAGCGAGCCCACGACGCCUGCAGACGAGACGAUGCUAGCAGCAAGCGACCACGGCAGUCAUUUUUCAUUCCCCCACCACCACAUCUCGUAUCACCUACUAGUUCAUCGGAUUCGGAGAACUCGGAGAACUAUAGCGAGUCCUGUUCCCCUCCGCCAGCCGAGAAGAAAAUCAAAUUGUCAUCAAAUGAUGCAUUUAAUCCACGAGGCGACUCCAGGAAAUGCUUACACUGUGAAGUGACGAAAACGCCGCAAUGGCGAGCGGGGCCAUUGGGGCCUAAAACCCUCUGUAAUGCUUGCGGCGUUCGGUACAAAUCCGGCCGCCUCUACCCCGAGUACCGGCCGGCGGCGAGCCCGACUUUUGUCUCCCGUUUGCACUCUAAUUCGCACAAGAAGGUUAUCAAAAUGAGAAUUAAAUAA